GUGUCAGCAAAAAAACCCCAGUGUCGUCAGUUUGUGAGAUUAUUGUGUUACGGUAGCCGGCCAACGUCAAGGCUGUCUGUUUAUUUAGAAAAGCGAAAAAAUGCAAAUUUCAUCGACAUCUCGACCAGUUUGGGAAAAUCAAAGUAAACUUGGACACGUCAUAUAUCGACUGUAUUCUGUUAGCAGCUGUCAAUCAAGGUCAAAAAUGAGUUCGUCUCGUCACUUCAGUAUCCCAUAUGACGAAGAUGUUGUUCAUUCAGUAAUUUUGGAAAACACACCGUCGCCGCCGCCUAAACCUCCGAGAGGGAUAUUACGAAAAGAAGCUCCAAUGAAGCCACAGCGAAGCGCGUUGAAAAUCGAACCAGCUCGUGACGAUGAUAAGGAAAACAAUAGUCAGCCUCAAGCACGAUCCCAGUUCAAAGCAAAAGACACGAUGGAACAAAUGCAAUCAUAUUUCAAAAGAAGCAUAUCCGUGCUCAGAAAAUCUGAAGAACACUUCACAGGAGCCGAAGCUGCAGAUAUUCUUACAGCAUAUAUCGAAACACAUCGCAACGAGUUUCCACGCGACAAUAUCGGAAGAAGCAACGCUGUAAAACUGCUUGAAAUUUGGUUAGAGUCGAAUACUAUUCAAAGUGUAGAAUCUCAUCAGAAGAAAUUUGUUGAUUCUGAACGUACAUUUUACAGGCUUGGAGGAGAUUCUGAAUCAUUAUAUAUUGUGAAUACUCCGAUCGCUUCAAGAAAUCAUGACGAUUCUGCAUCAGUUUCGCGAUCAGAAAGCAGCCGUCGCAGUAACAGUAUCAAGAGAUUAUUUUCUCCAUUCGUUCGCCGGAAUAGAUCCAAUUCUCGAGGUCGGGACAAAGACAAAGAUAAUUUAAAAGAUGGAAGCUCGACAAAUUUGAAAUCGACGUGGAGUCUGUUCUCGUCUUCUUCAGAAAAGAAUGAGAAAAAACUCAAAAAAGCAGAACAACAGUUGAUAAAAGAGGAAGAAGCGGAAGUCUAUGAAUUGUCUCUCUUCCAUUUACUCAGCUUGAUUGACGUUGAGUUUCUCGAAGAUGUUGCUCUUCCGGUACAAGAUUCAAAGAACAAUGCAUCAUUUUUAUCAUCCAUUCUGGGAAAAGUUGGACUGGGUGCAAGUGAAGAAAGGCUUGACCCGCACCAGGAAGACCAUAUGGAUUUGUUAAUCGAAACACAUCCAUUGAUCCGGGAUGCAAGUCAAUGGUUUCAGAUGGCUCGUUGCUGUGCUCCAUUACUUUAUUUUGAGGCGAAACCUGUCGCAAGUAAUCAUAAAACAAGCCAUAACGAACAAUUAUACCUUUGGUGUCGAGCAGCAUUGGAUGCAGUGAAAAACCGUCUUGAGAAGAUGACACAGAACGGAUCAUCACCGUUGUUCCCAUCAGAAUUCGCUCCUCUUCUUACAAAGAUUGCCCAGCAGUUGAUUAACGAUAUGGAUUCUGGUGAAAAAUUGUCGACGGCAGUCAUGUACAUCUUCUUGAUGGUUCCUCAUCCUAUACGCAAGACGAUCGACCAACUUGUGCAGUGGCUACAACUUACUAUGCGAACGGAUGCAGUGGAAGAUCUUAGAAGUCCAUAUUAUUUGGGGAAAAAGGAUCCACGGAGAUACAAAGAGAAUGUGAAUGUCAUAAUUGGAGAGCUGUCUUCUUUUAUUUUCCCGAGAGGAUGUAUGACAAAUGUUCAACAAGACAUUUUCAUCGAGACCCUCGUUGAACUGCGACAAAAAGGAAAACUAGGUCAACGCCCGGCACAAUUGGAAAGCUCUCUUCGAGCAAAACACAAUUCGCUUGAAGGUGACCUGACACCAGUGAGAUAUACAGUUCGAAGAGAAUCAAUUCGUUCAAAAACUUCGAAAAGUAAAGAUGGACUGAAUGAGACUGACUCAGCACUGGUAACCAUGAUCAAUUCAGUUAUCGACAACAAGGAAUUGUCGCUGACAGAAAAGAAGAAACAAUUGAUGAACUUCAAGAAAUUCUACCCGAAAUUGUACAACGACUUUUUCCCAGGAAUGAUAUAAAGCAACUCGAAAUUUUAUAAUCCCUAAAUGUCUGUAAUUUAAUUGUUUUAGCUUCGGAAUGAUCUAGAUUCGAUUGAUUUUAUGCAUACAAAAAUGUCAUAUGCCGAAUGCAUCUACUGUACCAUCUCGCUUUUACCACCACCCAAUAUCUCAAUCGGGUCUUUACUUUCAGUAGAAAGUUGAUUUUUUUCUGUUUUUCCUUUAAUGAAAUCUUUUGAUUUAC